CUUGACCGUCGCUGUAGCCUCAUCAUCAUGUCCGGCAUGUUCAAAGGCAUACUUCCCCACAAAAGAGUCGUCUCGACAGACGAGUUCACCAUGGUCACGCCGCCGCUGGGCGACGUGAACGGCAAGGAAAACCACCCGGCGCAACACCGCAAGGCAAACACGAAGGGCAAGAAGCAGGACAUGCUCAAGGGGAAGGGGCAGCCAUCUGCCCCGGCUCCUGCGAACCCUGCCGACGAGGCAGUAGGCGAAGACUUUGACAAGCUCAUGGAUGACCUCCAGAUCCCGCCCACCCUCCGCCCCAAGCUCGCGGGCAUGGAUGCCACCGUCAAGGCCGCCAUGGUUAAGUCUUCGCACACUCUCGCGAUCCGCCCGCGCCCCGAGCCCCCGCACACGCCGCCACGAGGCGCGAGCCUCCGCCGCGCGCAUAGCAUCGAGUCCAUCAGCUCGCCCGCGCGGCCGGGCAGCAGCGAUCUGCAGGACAUCUUCACCCCGCCGAGCGCGCCGUACAUGCACAUGAACGCGAGCCCGAACCGAAACACGCACUCGCGCGGGAAGUCGUUCGACACGUCGCGCAUCUUUUCGAAGAGCCAGAUCAACCUGGCGAGCGCGAGCGCGUCGACGGUGGACCUGACGACGGCGGGGAAGGUGAACAAGGACAAGGCGGCGGGCGUGGCAAAGACUCAGAGCCCGAACCGGUUCUUGAGCAUACUUCUCGGCUCCUCGAGCACGGAGUUGGACAUCGAGAGCGUGAAGAAGCUGCGGUUGAUGUUGAGGAAUGAGUCUGCUGGGUGGACGCAAGAGUUCCUCAAGAUCGGUGGCUACAACGCGCUCAUGCUCCGCCUAAACGAGAUCCUUGAGGUCGAGUGGCGCGAAGAGCAACACGACGACCAAAUCCUAUACGAACUCCUCCGCUGCUUCAAAGCCCUCUCCACCUCCGCCAUCGGCUGCUUCGCCCUCCGCAGCUCCUGCCCCAACCCCUACGUCAAGCUCGUCGCGCUCAUCUACAGCGACAAGCGGCCCGGCGACGUCCCCUCUCGGCAGCUCAUCAUCGAGCUCCUCCUCCUCCUCUUCGACCUCUACCCGCCCUCCUCGCUCCCCUCCACCGGCCGCUCGCGCCCGCCGCGGCGCGAGGCCUGGGAGACCGCGUCGACGACCUCCCCGCAGCCGAGCGCGCUCAUCAUCCUCCCCGCGCCGCACAAGAGCGUGUUCUCGCUCGUGCGCGGGAUGCUGCUGACGCCCGCGCCGCCGCCCGCGGAGUGCCCCGCGACGCCGGUCUCGCCGCACGAGUUCAUCGAGAGCAUCCACAAGCCGAGGAUAUACAAGACGUACCUGCAGGAGCUGAGCGAUGUGUGCAGGGACUACUUUUGGGUGUUCUGCCACGGGGGGAAUGUGAUUUGGGUGCUGGCGGAGACGGAUGAGAGCAAGGUAGAGAAGCCGAGGGCGCCGGGGGGCAUGACGGGGGGUGUGGAGUUUGAGGCGAUUGGGUACUUUACAACACAUCUGCGCUUCCUGAACACGCUCGCCAAGUGCGCGGCGGACCUGAACGCACCAAAGGAGGACGAGCUAUCCGCAUGGAGAUUCCACCAGGACCUCUUCGACUCCGGCUUGGAGCGCAUCCUUUUGAUCGCCCGCAAGGCCUCCACGACAUACUACCCGUCCCUCCACCUCGAGAUCGCGCGCUACGUCGCCCACGCCAUGCGCGCCGGCUACGAGCUGCCAUGGACGGUCUCGCGGCUCGUCGGCCUGCCGCCCGCGGCACUAUGCAAGAACCAGUACGUCGCUCAACAACAGUCGUCUCCAUCCAAGCGGGGCAUGCCCAUCCUGCCAACGCCGAAGAAAACCGAGCCCAUUCGCAUGACUUGAGUGCUGAUUACUGAAUGUUUGCUAGGAGGUAUCAGGGCCGCUGAGCUGACUGUGGGCCUUGAGCUGGCUGUCGACCUUGAGCUGACGGCGGACGUUUCGCCGUUAUGUGCAUGGGCCAUGGACCUGGUGCUCAUUAUCAUCAUAUUCAUGUCCUCUAUGCCGCUCGCAUGCCCUCAGAACAUGCUCACCCCUCUUCCACCAUCACUGCUGUAAGUACAUAACUACAUAUAGACUUACGACUCGGACGCUGCCAUGAUCCUUUUCUUGCUCGUACCCCCUCUGUACCCUGACUAUCUACCUGACCACUUGAAUCUCCCCUGCGCUGUACGAGUACCCUUGCUUUCGUGAAUAGAAAUUCGUGCUGGCAUGGUGUUUC